CACCAAAAUGGAAUCUCGAAGAUCGAUGUUAAAAGGUCGCACUGCUUCUGUACAGAAAGAAAAAUCACAUAUCGGUAAGAGACCAAAGUUGGAAAAUGGAUGCAAUACUUAAUAGAUCGGUCGGUGCUGCAACGGACGGUUGAGGUCGGCAAUGAACUCUAGAGAAUUGAAAGGUUCUUUCGCAAAAGGGCUCACGCGCUACUGCGACAGGUCAGAUCAAGAUGAUGCAAAACUUUCGAAAUCGAAACAGGAUUCUGUGCGGAUUUGCAAAUCAGAUCUCACAUAAUCUACAAUUGAUAGAUACGUUUUACAGCACAAAAACCAAAAAGAAAAUCACGUCUAAUCAUUGCAACGAAUUAAUGAAAGUGUGUAUUCGCAUAAUUGUAGCACUACAGUCCACCGAAGCUGAAACAUCAUUUUGACUAUAUACUUUGCGAUAAGUAACAAGUAUAGCCUACUCCUUCCUGGCGCUGACCUGGAAGUUUUGCUGCAAGUAGGAUUUUGCGAAAGAAUUGUAGUGGAUUAUAAGAUCGAGAAUUGCAACUCUUGAUUUUGUUUGUCCUGUGGGAAUCCUAACGAACUAAACCAACUUUACUCACAAACUUCAAAGCCGCCGGGCUCAGAAGUUUUUGGGUCGAAAGGAAAUAUCUGGUAGUCAGAAGUUUUUGGCUCGAAAGUACUAUGAUUUUUCGCGGCUCGUGGGUUCUCGUGCUCCUGGCCGCCGUGCGGUCGGGGCUGUCCGCGUCGGGCCCUAGUAGCACUAGCAUUCGUUCCGGGAGGGAACCGGAACCUGCAGCAUCACCGUUGCGUGGUGAUGGUCCAACUUACACCCAUGCACAAGGUGCUCCAGCAGCGGGUUCUGCUUCAGAUGGACCGGACUCGGACAGCGAGGGCGGAAGUGAGUUCUGGGAUUCGUCGGGGAGCAGCGGAUCCGAAUCUUCGUCCGAAAAUUCGCGAACCGGAGGUGGAGCCGCCGCUCGGGCUGGGGGAAAUGAUCGCGGUCGGCGAAGAACUGUGAAGAAGAGAACGAGGACUAGUAGAAAGCGGUCAUCCUCAUCAAGUUCGAGUUCAUCGCGAAAUAAAUCACGAACGCAGGAGGACCGUGGCAGCGCGAGUCGAAGCGCAGCCGCGGGUAGUAGUGGUCCCUCCAGCGAUCUUGUUCUUCGUGAGCCGGCGCGUGAACAAAGUACGAGUGGUCGUCGUCAAGAUCUUCUUACAAGGAACUCCCCGGACCACGACGAGCAGCAUCAAGACAACUUCCCGGACGAGCAACAAGGGAGCUGCAGCAUUUGCUUGGAAGACGCGGCAAACCUGGGGCCAGAGAACGCGUUGAUGCAACCCCCGACGCAGAUGCGGUGCCAAUGCAAAGAGGGCAUGUGUCACGAGUGCCUGUGCGAUGUACUGAUGACUGGUGCGUACAACAACAUGUUGGCACGUCCCUACACACCGCGCACGGUCGUCGAAGGGCGUAACGGCUUCUACCGAGGAUAUAACGGUAGCAUCCUGUGCCACCGGCUUUCGUACGACGAGGCGCUGAAGUGUACGGCGUGCAGCAAGAAGUACACCGCCGUGGCGUUACACGCCCUCCUUCGGCAAUGGACACUCCGCCUCGUGGCGAAAAACUGGAAGAAGCAGGGUCGUCCUUGGAUUCUCGCUCCCGAGCUUUUGCCCGAAACCGUUGAAGGGGAGCCCGAGCGGUCUUUGCGCGAAACAGUUGAAAGCAAUCUCGAGGAGCUGGUAGCUCGGCAUAGAAGGGGGCCCAGUGACGUGCGCCCGCCGGGGGUGGUGUACAUGGACAACGUAUUUAACGCGCAAGAAGUAGAAAAGUAUCUAUCCUUGGAUGAGAUCAGUGUUUUCCGGGUCUAGUCAGGACUUGAGUUCAUGAUGCACUUGUUCACUACGGGGUAAGGAAAUCGGAAGCGUCCGUUAGUAUAACAUAAUCACGUUGUUGAAUUUUCAUGCCACCUCUCAGCCACGCAUUUUAUUUAGCAGUGUGUCUGUGUAACCUUUUGUAUGACUCGGACGAACAAGUAGUGGAUUCAGUGUUCAUUGGCAGGCUCUGGAGAACGAUCAUCUUGAGGGGUAUAGCACUGGCAGAGCGCCGACGCACGAUUUCGUCUAAACGAGCGGUGGAUUUCCUGGUACCAGAAUCUCUCACUCGUUGCCGCGGGGUACGCGCUUAAAGGGGGCGGAGAAAAUAUCUAUUUUUUCGAGACCGAGAUGGCCAACGGAAACGGUGCUACGGCUCCAGCGGCAAGGGCGGAAUUCGAAAGCUGGAGGCAAACGGAGCCUCCUCAACCAGCGGGACGUUCCGAAAGUCGACGACGGCCCAAGAAGACCCCGGAUGUGCAGGCACCAGAUGCGCGGCAACAAUUCAUGGCGGACUUGCUGCUCCAGCGUGACAAUAAAUUUGGGAAGACGUUACUGCUGGAUGCAAUGGACACGCAUCUCGAGACGCGUGUUGGAACGAUCUAUCACAGCCAGUCUGCAGAAAGUGCGUCCCGUCUGGACUUCGUCUGGCAGCUAGCUGUUACUUUUUUGACUCCAGACCAGAUGCGCAAACUACUGUUGACCAGAGCGCGGGACGGCCGGACGGUCUUGCAUGCCGCGGCGCAGUUGGCCACCCACGAGGUCGCCUUGGACUUUCGCCCACUUGAAAAGGUGGUGCCAGAACUUGUGCGAUUCGCCCUGUUGGCGAUGCCUCUGCAGUUGCGGCUGAUUGCAACCUGGUUGUCGGUCAAAGAGCAGCGGACCCUCCUGUUCCAGACACACACACAAGUUAGCUCAUCCGGAGUUCUUACAGGCGAUAUUGAAGAUGCCCGUGGCCGUGGUGAACCAGAUCUUCGAUAUUCCGCCUGGGUCAACAGUGCGCGCUACAGCGAGAAGCAUCGUACAUUACCACACCGGGGUGCAAUCGUGCCCGCACCAUACAGGCACAGCGGCGAGGAGGCGGGCUCCGUCAUAUUGCAAGUUUUGGACGAAAGCUGUGCGGCUCCGGCGAGAUUUGCUACCGGUGGUCCUCCCACAACUGACGCAGCGACCGAGAGCCGCUCGGGCUCGGCCCGACGAGAAAGCUCGGGUCUUGUCCGCAGAGUGCGGAGGAGCGCCGCCGCCCUUGUUGGACGAGGAAGCAAACCACAGAAGCCUGUGACACCUCCUGCCGCGCCGGCGCAGAGAACGGGCGUCGCUCUCGAGAAGUGCCGGGCCAAGAAUGAGGACGCGCUGCUCUACGCGCGGACGGAGGGCGCGUCGCGGUUGCAUGUCAUCCGCCUGGCAGCGCCAUCCACAGUCGAGUGGGUACUGCAGAAGGUCCGGGCCGAUGACCGGAAAGUGGUGCGGAAACGGGAGAUGAAACGUUUCAAGCGCCAUUUCGAAAGACGCGACACAGGGCACGGUCCCGGCGACCCCAGCCUGGAAGACUUGCAAAAUUGCCUCGACGAGCACCGGCUCUGUCGCCAGUUUGCGUUUUUGUUGCACGCGGCAGAGAGCGCUGGGAGCCCUGGCGAACCGUUCUACCGGGGCGCCGGCCUGGAGUCCAGCACGCGGUUGCGCGUGCUGCUGCACUUGGUGGGCUACAACGACGGCCUGACGGACGCCACGUCGCUGACUUCGGACGACCACCUGGCCAGGUUGCAACACGCUUAUGAUGCGGUUAGAGGCCGCUUCGAACAGGACGCCCGCAAUCCAUUCGGACUCCAGGACAGUGGCUCCGGUAGCGCGCGUGCCCUGCUGUGGGUGUGGCGCACCCUGUUGCGGAAGACACCGGAGUUUCGCGACAUCCGUCACACCAUCUGGGAAAGCUACGCAGGUGCGACAAUCCCGAUGGACGCGCACCAGAUCACGUCGUGGUCCACGCGGGAGGAAGAGCUGGAGCUAUUAAAACGUGACGUUGGCACGAAACUUCGGCUCGGCGAGGAAAGUGCAGAUCCAGCCGUUGCGGACCUGGAACAAUGUCUGGAGCUGUAUCUUCUGUGCCACAAGUUUGCCUUUCUCCUGCACCACACCGACAGUGCCUCCACUGGCGUAACACCAGUGCAUUACGCAGCAGGCCGGGGCGAUUGGCGCGCGGUCGAAACCGUGAUCCAGGUGCGGCCAGGGGGGUCUUCAGAGGGUGAACAAAACGCGGGUGCCGUGGGGGCCUUGUUCUGGGUGUGGGAAAAGCUACUGAUGGCAGAAUGGCAGAGAGAAGUCGGAAACAACGUUAUACACACCGUGACUCGUCUUCCCGGCGGAAUUGAAACUAUCACUACUAGAUACGAGAUGAACGCGGACCGGCUUGAGGAGCUUGCGGACCUUUUGCACGUGACUGUCGUGCGGGCUGGGCGAAGCGGCGACUUGCCGCAACUGGAGCGGGCAAUAUUGUACACGAAGGUCCACGAAGAUGGAGAUAUUAGUGUUCUGCACUCUGCCGGCGGUGCGAGACUGGAUUGGUUCCUCGAAAGAAUUCGGUUGGACCGGCAGGGCGUGGUGGCCACGACGGAAAUGGAGCAUUUCAACAAAGGCAGUUAUUUGCAAAAAAGUGACGCCCCGAAAAGAAAGGAUUUGGACGCAUGUCUAAAAACGAACGGGCGGUGCAGACAGUUCGCGUUUUUACUCCAUGCCGUGGAUGCAAACGGGAACACGGCGCUGCACGAGGCUGUGGCUGUGGCAGAUCUAGAUUUAUCAAAAGCUGAAAAGCUCAUUGGACGUCAGCACCUGAACUUUAUCAGGAACGCGGCUGGCCAAACCGUAAACACAUUGAAGCCGUUUGGCGACCCGGGGAAAGACUACAGCAAUAACGACCGCGCUCUACAGUGGAUCUGGAAACUGCUGCUGAACAAGCCGAACAACGAAGGUAGAGCAGCGAAAGACGUGUUCGCCAGUGCAAGCGAUGCCUGGUACGCGGAAAAUGGCCAACAUGCAGUGUCGUUUGCUAUAGGGAAACUUCGCAAGAUGUUUAGAGAGUUGCAACCGAUGCUGAUGACGCUCUCAGGCAGAGGCGAAAGUAUAAGUUCUGCAUCUAAAUAAUGCUGGUACAACAAUUGUUAAGAUGUGAAAGAAGAAAAUGUCACAAGGAAGCGAUCAUCGAUUUGGAUUUCGAAUUGAUAAUCAUUUUUUUCUGUCGUGACUCUAAAGAAGAUGACAUUUUGCUGUGGAAUACGAGGUGGUGACUGGCAGUGGGAAAGGUGCUAAAAGCGACAUGCAAUACUAGAGCUGUUGUAGAGUGAUGCCUUACUAGAGGUGCAGAUGACUGCACAGACAGUUGGCUGCAUGUCGAUGCAAACAAGGUCCCACUUGGGCAUCAAAUAACAACAAUUCAGUGGAGAACUCGCCCUCACAAAAGUUUGUCAAAACCGAAUCUGG